UCGGGCGCACACCCAGGAUACCCGGGGUUUCUCCUCGCAAAGGAAAAUCCCAGCCAUGUCCAUGCUGCUGUUGCGACGUGCUCCGAGAUUCCUGUCUGGCUUAGUGAACCUGGGAAGCGUUUUUGACUCCUGCGGGGUCACAGGACACGCAGUCUGCCAUGCCGGCCACCUCUCAGCCACCAGGAGCCCCAUGGAAGAAGAGAGCAAUUUUGUACUAUACCCAAACCAUAUUCCCACCAGCCUCUUGCAGAAAUGCUUGCUGACAGCCGGCUCGGCGUUCAUGGCUCUCUACAACCCCUAUCGCCACGAUAUGGUAGCUGUUCUUGGGGAGACCACAGGCCCCCUAGCUUUAAAGAAUCUCUGGGAACAGAUGAAGACUCAUCCAGAAGGAAAUCAGAUCCUACAAGAACGGCCUCAGAUCCGUCUUUCCACCCUGGAUGUAGCUGGACUUCGGGCGCUUCCUGAUGGGACUUUUGGCCGGGAAUACAUUCGGUUUUUGGAUGAUAAUAGGGUUUCUCCAGACACAAGGAUGCCAGCCCGGUUCGUCGAUGACGAAGAACUGGCCUACGUCGUCCAGCGCUACCGUGAAGUCCAUGAUCUGAUGCACACGCUCCUUAACAUGCCCACGAACAUGCUUGGGGAAGUUGUGGUGAAGUGGUUUGAGGCUGUCCAGACAGGUCUGCCCAUGUGUGUCCUGGGAGCACUGUUUGGACCUUUACGCUUAAACGCCCGAAAGCGACACCUUCUGACCACCGAGCUCAUCCCGUGGGCCGUUCAGAGCGGACGAAACGCCACCUGCAUCCUGAACGUCUAUUAUGAGAAGCGUUGGGAGCAAACCAUACAGUCCCUUCGCCAGGAAAUGGGCAUCCUGCCCCCCCCCGCUGUUCAGGUUUGAGUUUCCACAGCUGAGACGGGAGAACGCCCGAUGGAGCCCACCGCCUUCGGGAAGCCACAGAAUUAAAUCUCAGCAACGAAAUAUGUGUCCUCUGGCAAAGCCUGGGGCAUUUUGGGGGUUGGCAUCCCCAACUUCUUUUUUUUUUUGUCCUGGAAUGCUAAGAGGGGGAAAAAGCAUCAAAACAAAAGCCGCAAAUGUUGAAACCCUGAAUCCGUUCAACAAUAAAAAUGGAGACACUAUCGGUGGUCCAAAUGAACGAUGAAAACAGAAAUUAGAUCUCAACUCCUAAGGUUUUGCAAAGGGUUUGUUGCAUCGCUGAGUCUUCGCGAGCCACACCGAAUCAUACUAGCAUGUUCAUUCUCACAAGCACCUUUUCUGGGUUCGGGCCUGAGGGUCUUUCAACGUCCAGGAUUCUCCUCAAAGCCUCACCAUCCCAUCAAUUCUGAACCUUUUCUAAUGAUCUUCAUCUCUUCCUCCUCCUCCUCCUCUACCUCUUGCUCAGACCCCUGUGAAGUUGACUGUUCGAUGCUUUUUGGCCCGGCCUGGAAGAAACUAGAGAAGGAUGGAAGAAAUACUAACUCCGCCUUGAGUUGUUUACAAGAGAUCCCCUUUUGUAAGGCAGACCGAAUCACUGUGAUAAAUUGGAUUGCACAACUGCUUGUAUUAUAGGGCAAGUGCAAAAAUGCCAAGCUAAUAACAUCCUUCUGAGCCGAGGUUGAAUACCAAAGUGCAAAUUCUCUACGUUCACAACAGGGUGGUGACAUUUCACAGAUUCUAUCUUCUGCUCCAGGGUUUCUGGUUCCGUAACAUACCCGGUGCCCCAAACCUUCUCCUUAAAUACCUUUACGUUUGGUUUCUCAUUCCAGCUUUUAAAUUAAGUUUGCAAAAUGAUUGAAUGAUUCCGGUUGCACCUCUGUCCUGCUUCCGUUGGAAAGACUGGGCUCCCGGGUUUCUGUGUUUGCAAACCACAGUGGAUACAUCUCUGGUUCACACAACAUACCAAAGCCAAAAAAACGGGGCUUGUUUGUUGUCCAUCAAACCGUUCGUGCUUGUUCAGCAAACUAUGGUUAAAUAAAUAGCGUUUAUCUGUGAACACAACCUCAGUUUUGUUAUGAACACCUUGGCUGUUCGACCCUCCCCAAGGGGGAAAUAUAUUUCUACAGCCUCUAAAGAUUGGCCAGGUUCAAGCACUGUGUCAAAACCCCGCAUCGUUUUCUUGGAAAAUGCAGCCUCUUGUGGUUCAUUCAGCAAGCCAUGUUGAAACAAACCACGGCUUCGUGUGAUGCCCCAACCCAGCCAAAGACAACUUUAUUGCAAUAAAUAUUUUGGUGACCCUGA